ACAUGAACAAACAAUGAGUUUCAGUUUCCACAGCGAACAGCAAGAACUAACCAAACCAGAAGGAAAUAGCUUGAGUUAGCCUUGAAUAAUUGCGAAUUAUACAUAGCUAUGUGCAGAAAGUUAACUUCAAACAUUGUGAAUGCCUUUGUCAUUCUUUUAAUCUUGGAAUUUGGUUGAAUUCUGAGGGAUCUUCGUUAGUAGAUCAAUCGUGUUAAACUAAAGCUUAAACACCUUCAAUAUGGAGGAAAAAGUCACAGAUGAAAACGAUGAAGAUCAUGUUUAUAUUUUGAGCCUUCUUAAAAGUGUAAAAUCCCCAAACAGAUUCACUAAUGAUAAUUUGACGAUUGAAAAUUCAGCAAGCAUCAGUUCAAAUAGUUCAGCAGUCAUGGAUGAUGAUUCAAAUACAAGUGAAAGUUUUUCCCCCUCGUCAAGUUGGGAAUUUCCAGGUGAGGAAUUGAUGGACAACUUCAACAGAGUGAAGACAGGACACAAGUUAGAUGAUUACAUCUUAGACAUCCUGAAAAGUGAAAACUGCAAGAAAAAACUCUGCUUUGAAAGUCAAAAAACUCUGAGCAAUUCUUCUCCUGUUUCUGAUUCUUCGAUGGAUGCAGAUGAAAAUACAGCAAAACCAGAUUCAUUGGAAGUAUCUGAUGUUUUAAAUAAGCAUGGCUUGCCAAGUCAUAAACUGGAUGAUGUUUUACAUGUUGCUUUGAAAAUUGUGAAGCCAUUAAAAAUGAAGAUAAAAAAGGUGCAACAUUCUGAAGAUGAAAAAUCAAUGCAUUCAAUCUCUAGUUAUAGAGGAAAUAGCAAAUCAACCUCAGUGUACACUUGUCAUAUGUGUAACUUUAUUUUUAAUUCGAAAGACAACAAGAAUAGACACAUGGCAAAUAAGCACAGCAAACGAUUACAUGUAUCUAUAAGAGGACAUUGUGGCAAAUUGAGAAAAAAUGCAAGAAAAACAUGUAACUACACUUUAGAAACAUAUGAGAGUUAUUAUGAUUCAGACAUACUAUAAAAAUAUAAGACUAUUGUGCAUUCAAAUACUACUGACCAUGAUGAUAAACUUCCUCCGAAAAUGUUGAAAGACUUUUGUGUAGA